CGCACCUCUUAGAAACCCAUACCCUAUGAAACAAGAACAACCUUAUAAAUCCAAGGACCCCCGCUACAGAACCCCUGCCUCUCAUUUUUGUGCCACGAUUUUAAGCUAGGCUCCCUCUCUCUCUGGUAGAGAGGAAAACUAAAAGACGUCACAGAACAUAGUGCUCUCUCUCUCUUCAAAGUCCCUUCAGAACUGGUUGAGAGGAAAACUAAAAGACGUCACAGAACAGAGUAAAGUUGCAAUCUGGAGAAGUCAUGGCAAGGAGUAAUGUAGUUUCAUGGAGUCUCAUUUUCUUGGCUAUGGGGCUUUUCAGUUAUGUAUCUGUUCAAGCCACCAGAGAAGGGAGGUCUCUGAUAAAUCUCAGAGACAAGAGACUUGAUUUGGACAAUGGGUUAAAGAAUUGGCACGGUGAAGAGGCAACUUAUCAAGGGCUGACAGCUGAUGGUUACGGGGCAGGGCCUGGUUAUGGUUUUGGUGGUGGUGGGAGUGGUACAGGCAAUGGUGGCGGUAAAGGUGGAGGCUAUGGUGAUGGCAGUGGUGGCUUUGGAAGUGGUGUUGGGCAUGGUGGUAAUGGUGGCAAUGGUGGCGGAUUUGGUAAUGGUGUUGGAGGAGGUGGUGGGUUUGGUGGAGGCUCGGGCACAGGCCCAGGUUAUGGUGGUGGUGGGGUAGGUGGGGGUGGUGGAGGAUAUGGUCAUGAUGAGAGGAUGAAUUAGGUCCAUGAAAAUCUUCACUGAUUUUACUAAAAUCAGAUGACUCUUUUCCAGCAAUGCCUUAAGAGGACAAGAAAGAAAAAAAUAAAAAUAAAUAAAAGCUCUCUACUUCUGUUCUGUAGCUCUUUAAUUUUCCAUGCUGUAACUCUGUUAUGAAAUAAAUCAAAGUAUUUGCCCUUUGCA